UUAGUUGCGCACUCUUGCUUUAAAAUACAGUUAGUUUUCAAGUGUAUUUAUUAAAUAAUAAAAUAAUUAAGUGAGACUGCAGGCUCAGCUCUUAGCAUGUAAAAUAAAAUUUAAACGCGGUUUGAAGAAUUAUAAUUAAUUAAAAUUGAAAUGGAGUUAAGAAGCAAUACGCAUAGAGAUUACAAAAUGUCGUUACUUAGUUUAGGGCUCUAUGAAGAAGGCAUGAACUUGAAGGAAAUGCGACAGGUUAUGCAAGCACUAGAGGAAUCGGAGCUGGAAUGUGAAACCGUUGUCUUUGAAAGCGAUAUGGAACGCGCGCUGAAGGAAAGUGAAUUGGACUAUGUUCAGAUGCAUCGAGACGCUCACUCAUCUACAAUGAUUAAACACUCAAUGCCAGACCAUAACUUCAAUAUUGUUAAACCCCCAAAUACCCCAGCACAUCAUUUUCCCAACUCUGAUGCAUCGCCAUUCAGCAGCCCAGAAAUAGCAUCUAAAAAAAUUAUAGUAGAAGCUAUAGUGCAUCAUGAACUCAAUUGGAGUCCUCCAUUACCGAAGCGUAAACAAGCGCAAAACAAACAUAUGAACACCGAUUACAAUAAUAGUAACUUGGAAAAACGUAAAGUGGUGGAGAAUGCAAGUGUGAAAUGUGAUGUUAAACGCUUGAGGUUGCCAAUAACUUCUUCUCCCAAAAGUUGUAGUUGUGAUUCGGGAAUUUAUUCGGUUUAUAGUUCUGGCGAUGCUGGUGACGUAAGCGAGGACUAUCGAUCCGAGCCAUCAUUUUAAAAGUGUUUAACAGAAAUUAGAGUAUGUGCACUACAUAUUAAGGAAUAUUGUUUUUGAAGAGUUACAAAAAAAAUUGUUAGUUGUAGUGAAUGAAUCUAUUGUUCUUAAUUUAAUAAAAAAAAAAAUAGUUAAUCUAGUAAA